AUGGCUGCCUCUCCUUUAAACUCAAAAUCACAUAUCCAUGCUCGCUCUAACAGCUUGCCUUCAACUUCACACCCUUUUGUUGCAGAAUUUGAGGAGAACUUGUGCAGAUUAAAGGCUUCAGAAACUGUCUGUUCUUCAUCAUUCUUAUCCAUAAGUCAAAAACUAACUAGACUUCAGGAUUUGCAUGAAUGUGUUGAAAAUUUUCUCCUUUUGCCACUCACUCAACAAGCCUUGGCACAGGAGUGUGGAGACGAAUGGAUCAAUGAACUACUAGAUGGAUCUUUGAGGCUCCUGGAUGUGUGUGGCAUCAUUAAGGGUGCCCUUUUGCAAACAAAGGAAUGCACGCAUGAACUUCAAUCAAUUAUGCAAAGAAGACGAGUAGGUGACAUGAGCUUCAUAAGUGAGGUUUGA